AUGGCAACACCCGCGCGCCGGCCGCUUCCGCCCGGGCCGCGCCCGCAGCGCCCCCGCGCGGCUCGGAGGCCCCGGCGCCCCCCGCAGCCCGCUCAGCCCGUGCCUCAGUUUCCCCCUCCGCCCGGGGGCUGGGAAGGGACGCCGCGGGCCGUGACCGGGCACGGCCGAGGGGAAUAUCCCGGCAGAGACGCAGGAGCAGCCAGUGCCACCGCGGGCGAGGAUUCGCGCCCCCGGGACCGGCUGCCUGCAGAGGGCAGCGUGCGGCUGGCCAAGCCGGGCCGGGCUGCUGCUCGCUGCGAACCGGACGGCGGAGCGGGGAGCGCCGCGCUGCCCUGCGUCACGGGAGGCUGGCGGCUGGCUCCGCCACCCCCUCCGGCAACGGGACCGGCAGCGGGACCGGCAUCGGCACCGGCAACGGGACCAGCCCCGGUACCGCCCCCGGCAGCGGGACCAGCCUCGGCACCGGUUCCGCCAUCCCCACUGGCAACGGGACCAACCCCGGCACCAUCUCCCCCACCGGCACCGGCAUCAGCACCGGCACCCCCGCCAGCCCCACCGCCGUCCCCUCCACCUCCGUCCUGCGUGAGAUUUACUGAUUUCAGGGAAAAACCAAACCCCGCCAGCCGCCGGGAAAGUCGGCCCGGAAAGGAAAUCCCGGGAUCACUGGGAGGUUGGGCAGGGUUUGGGGUCGUUCCUGACGAUUUCCCAGCACCCACCGACAGCUGGCAGGGGAAAAUUUGGGGUGUUUUAUCCACAGGACCCCCGAGAAAAGUCGCUUGGGAUAUAUCUCCUCGCUGGCAGCCAGAGGUUUUCCUCACGGAAAGUGAAACCUCGGGAUCGGCGUCCCAGCGAGAUAAACCCUGCGUGGACAUGGCAGAGCCCGGCUCUUGGGCCGGCCGGGAUUCACAUCCCGGAGGAGCCAGGGAAACGCCGCUCGCCUGACCAGGAAUCUUGU